CAGCAGCAGCAGCAGCAGACACACAGCAGCAGCCUCCUCUUCCUCACAGAGAUGACAGGAGCUACAGAAGCCUCCAACCCAAAAAUGGAAGCCAACGUUGUUGUUUUGGGCACAGAGAGCGUCGGAAAAUCAGCACUCACAGUGCGCCUCUUAACCCGUAGAUUCAUAGGAGAAUAUGGAGACAUAGAGUCGAUCUACAGCCACAGUUUUAUGUCAGAAGGGAAGGAAAUCACUCUAAAUAUUUGGGAUUCACCAUUUUCUGAGGAUUUGUCCAGAGAAACAUCCCUCUUCCAUAAGAAGGUCCAGUGGGCGGACGGCUUCGUUCUGGUCUACAGCAUCUGCGACAGGGCCAGCUUCAACACCGCCAGCCGGCUCAUCCAGAACAUCAGGUCCACCAAACACCACCACGGUGCAGAGAAGCCCCCCGUAGUGAUCGUAGGCAACAAAAGGGACCUGCACCACAGACGGACAGUGCUGGCCGAGGAGGGCCAACUGCUGGCUCUCAGCACAGACUGCCUUUUCUACGAGGUGUCAGCAGCAGAGAACUACCACGGCGUGCUCUCAGCGUUUCACGGCCUGAUGGACAGGAUCAAGGACACAAAGCUGACCUCCAAGAGGCCUCUGAGGUUCAAGGGCAUAGUGAAAAGUAUGUCUGCGGUAUUUGCCAGGAGACGCACUGACUCACUCUGAGGCGGAGCAUGACGGAGGAGAAAAAAAAACAGUCACAUGAGACUUUUGAGAUGGACUUCAUGUCGGAUAAACUGUGAGAAGAAGAAAUAAGCCAUGAAGCACCAAAAUCCUGAACCUAAAAUAAGCUUUCAGAGGCUGCAGAUGUUUCAGUCUUUACAAAGAAAAGCAGUAUUUCCAGAUGUGCACUAUUUUACACUGUGCUGAAAAACGCAAGGGAUGUUUUCUAAUGUCGGAAAAAAGACUUUUUCGUAGUUCAAAAGCAACAAAGUCAAAGGAUGCAUCACACACCUGAUAUCUGCUUCAUAAGUUCAGAUAGGCUCAAAUUUUCAAUGCUAUAAUAUUGCGUUUCAUCGCUGCCAUAUAUUGAAUGCCAUACAAUAAUUUAAUCAAGAAAAGCAAAUAAAACACCUUAAGAUAAUUGAUAAGAUGUUGGAAGGACCUUUGGGUUCAAAAAUAUUUCAUUUUUUAUACUCAGAUCAAAACUUUGUUGUAGUUCCCAAACAAAUAAAAGUGAAUUCUGUAAAUGUGAUUAUUUUUAUAAAGAGAGUCUCAUUUAUGAUAACGUCAGGCAGCUGGGGUGACAAAAGAUUAGAAACCAAAAUAUAUUGAGCGUCCUUAAGAAUGAAGCAUCUAUGUUUGCUGUAUCAAUGAAAGCAAAACUAUAUAUACAUUUUAUUGUUAUUCUUCAAUAUCUUUUGUUGACUUCGGUUUUUAUGAUCUUUUUUUAAAAUAAAGAAAAUUCAAACCCA